AUGAUAACGGCCAAACACACGGUUUUGUGGGUCAUGCAGAGAGUGAAGGAGCGCCCAGUGCGAGGCACAUACAAUGGCAGCGAAGACCUACGACCUGCGACCUACGCACCUGGUAAACAGGUGAACCAAAUUGUAUUUGGUCCACCUUCUGUAUUGCCAUACUGGGACUACAUGUUUCUUUGGGCGUUAUUGUUGCGCAAACACGACAUAGCGAAAAUACUCUGGACAAAAACGGAGAAUCCGCUCUUCAUGGCCCUCAUUGCACACAAUUUCUUCGAGGCGGUGAAAAUGCAAACAAACGAUAAAGUUCUUAUUGCCGAAAUGAAAAAAUAUUUGAGCGAGUGGUCUACUGUGGCUAUAGAUUGUCUAUACGAAUGCUACCAGAAAAGUGAAGAAGCCACAUACUCCUAUCUGACAAUGACCAUGCCUUUUUGGAAUGAGAAAUCAUGCCUAGAUUUGGCUUUUGAAUCGAACAACAUGGAGUUCCUGGCCCAACAAGCGUGUCGAAAUAUAGUAGGAGAUAUCUGGAAUGGGCGUAUGAAAGACAAGUUAAAAGAGAUUAGCAGAUAUGGAUAUUCAGGCACAAACAAGAUCAAGCGCUUCUUGGACAAAAUGCAGUCUCCAAAAACGAAAUUCGCCAACAAUAUGAUCUCGUAUUUGGUGUUUCUGAGCCUGUUCGCGUAUGUGCUGUUGUUUGAACUCACGAACACUGUAUCGACAAAGGAAUUCGUGUUAGUAACAUGGGUACUAACCAUAUUGGUUGAAGAAAUUACACAGAUGCAUCAGAUAUAUCACAUGCCUAGUUUUGAGAAGGCUAGUUCAUGUGUUCAGCGGAUCAGAAAAUUGAAGAAUUACUUUUCGGAAGGAUGGAACUGGAUCGAUAUGUUUACGAUCGUCAUGUUUUUACUUGGAUUUGGACUGCGAUUCAAACAAUCUCGAGACACGUUUGAUUGGCCAAGAGUCGUGCUUGCUGUCGAUUUUGUCGCGUUCGUCUUCAGACUCAUGCACAUAUUCUCUGUUGAGAAAACCCUUGGCCCUAAACUUAUUAUAAUUCAACGGAUGGUAAAGGACCUUUUGUAUUUCUUGGUUAUUAUGGCUGUGUUUGUAUUGGCUUACGCCAUUGCCUCGCACUCCAUUCUCUAUCCCGGUGCUCCAGUUACUUGGGAAACUGCCAGACAAAUAAUUAGGAAGCCUUACUUUCAUCUUUAUGGAGAACUUUUUCUAGACGAGACUGAAGAUUCAACGGAUUGUACAAAUGACGCUAGCCUAUGGACGAACGGAACAACUCCACGCUGCCCAAGUGAGGCCGGCAAGAUUGUGGUUCCCAUCAUGAUGGGAGUUUACCUGCUGUUUUCCAAUAUCCUGCUUCUUAACCUUCUUAUUGCAAUGUUUAGUUACACAUUUACAACAAUCCAUGAGCAAUCAGACAAGAUUUGGUGUUUCCAGAGAUACUUUAUUAUCAAGGAUUACGCGCUACGGCCUGUAUUAUGUCCUCCUUUAAACGUAGUGUGGCACAUAUACCAGCUUUUCCGAUGUUGUCUACAUAAAUGUAAAAGAUCUCAGGAAUCAGAUGAUGCUUUCCGUAAGUACCAUGCGAAUAAAGAAGUGUAUUUUACUAAAUUUGUGUAUGUCCCUGAUAAUAACACAUCAUUGUUUUCUACAAGAACUCUCGCCAUAGCAAACUAUAGUAGAAAUAAGAGGUGCAUAGAUGCUUCAAAUUAUAUGGAUGCCUAUGAAAAGAUAUGUACACUUCCUUAA